AAAAAAAAAAGGCGACCUGUUUAACUUUUGUGGUCGUACAGGCUAAAUGUUUUAUAUUUAAGUUAGGUGUAGUGCUUAAUAAGGAACAAUGAAAAAAACAUUUGAAGAAUCUUGCGCUGUCAUGUCUCUAGCCUGAAAUUACACAGACAUAACUUCUGAGAUGUGAUGCUCUAUGGUUUUGUCAGUUGAACUGUUUUCCGGUGUGAAUACCUUUGAGCGCAUCUUGGUGUUUUCGGUUUUGCUGUGUGGGGAGCUCCGCGUUGAUUAGGUGGUACAAAACAUUCAAAUUCAAAAUUUAAAAAACUACUUCCUCUUCUGUCACGAGUCUGGAGAGCUUCACUCUGCCUAUCAAGGCAAUCAUCACCUGCCUCUCCUCUUGUUACAUCAUGUUUAUCUCUUCGCCUUAUAUCUCAGUUUGGACUUCUCCACAGAGACCCGGUGGCAUCGAGGGGAUUUUGCCUUCUGUCUGACUAGAAAUUGUACUAAUAUUUAGGCUAUUGACGGAGAUGUGAGAAUAGUAACGUUAGUUAAAAAACAAACAUCCUGGGAGAAGAGAGUCGAAGAUCAGUCUGAGCAGAGGGCGCAAAGAAGACCAGUAGCAUACUAAGACAUGACCCAGUCCUGGCCUUACCAGCAGCCCACAGGGGAAGGGAGCAAUUUGCUGUACUCACACUCAAAGGAGGGAAAACUGCCCAGUUCACGACACAGACAUGUGAGGGAUGGUGUCUCUAUGAGGAUGCCCUCACGUCCACUCGUGGCCCCUCAUAAAUCCAUGCUCGCUGAUGACCUGAAACUCAGCAGUGACGAAGAUGACAAGGACGAGGGAAGUGAGCAAACAACUUCCUGGGCCGAUAAUGACCGCUUGUCAGGCCAGCAGCAGCACCGCACACACACACAUGUUGGAAGGGUGAGACAUUCUAGCUCAGGGUCUUCAGGAUCAAACCCCUCCAGUGAGUGGGAAAGCAGCAGCCAACGAUCACGUAGCCCAAGCCCAGGAACGCCCGUCCGGUGCGGGACACCGACCCAACAGCGGACCCUAAACUGCAGCACAGAGACAGAGAGUCCACCAUCCACACAGUGGCAACUGGACAGGUGGCUUGAGAAAGUUCCUAAAAAUCAUCAGUCAAUUGACCACGACCCAGGAGGGGGACAGCGACAGAGUGCAAAAUCUGACUGUGGCCGAGGACCAUCACCUGGAAGAUACUGGGGUAGAGAUUCUGAGUCAAAUUAUAGUCCUUGUGAAAGUCCGGUCCCAAGUCCAAAAUUUGACUACAGCCCCAGAAACAGUCCUCGUCCCAGCCCAGAAUACAGUCCAUGCCCCAGUCCAGGAAUUAGCCUUGUGCCAAGCCCAGUGCCAAGUGUGUGCUCAAGUCCAGGAGACAGCCUCCGAGGGAGUCGAAGUCCAAGCCCUUUAUUUCCGCACCCUCCCAGAUGCCCCAGUCCAAAUUUCUCAUCCACCACAGUACUUAUCCAAGGUACAUAUCCUCAAGUACAAUCACAUCAACAGGAAAGUCCCAGGGAUAUUGCACAUCCAACAGUUGCCUCAAAUCCAACACAUCGUCCCAAAGUCAGGUCAUGGGUGCCUCCAGACCAUAGCUCCAACCAGAGAAAGGAAAUUAGACCCAAAGACUCUCAAUCCACAGACUCUCAAUCCAGAGACUCUCGAUCCAAAGACUCUCGAUCCAAAGACUCUAGACCUGGUGCUCCCCAACAACCCCAUCAUUCCAAACACAGCUUAACAGAAAAGUCACACAAGCCUGAAUCCAAAAACUCUGAAUCCACAAGCAAGCAAAGGUUUAACUCGCCUUCAAACUCAAUUACAAAGCAUUCAUUGAAGAAAAGACCACACAUUAGCCCAAAACCCAAAGCCAGGCACUCAUCUACAACUGACCAUAGUAUUGAACAUAAUCACAGAAACAAUGAACCUACAGGAGCAUCAAACCAGAGUUCAACCUCCAAAUCGGGCCAUUCAUCUUAUUUCAAUACUUUAAAGAGGUCAGACUGUGGUCCUUCAUCAAAGUCCAGGGACUCGGCCCAAAUCGAAGUCAACAAUCAAUCUAGUCACAGCUCUAAGACUAAAUCUUUACCAGAUACCAAGCAAACCAGAUCUAAACAAACUACCCAACUGCGUUCCAGCCCAAAGCCCAGGGUCAAACUAGGAGAUACCCCAGUGCCCAGAACUGGGCACUCCCAAAAAAAGCCAAAGCCUAAAGAGAGAGAGAGGGAAGUGGACAGCCGAGGUAAGGCCCAGGGAGUGACCCUGGUGCCAACUGGCAAGGAGCAGAGACAAAGAAUACUGGCGGAAGAGCAGGUAAUAAGGCGCCGCUGGGUUUGGAGUUCUGAGGAAGAGGAAGACGAGGAAGAUAGGAGAACUGAAGAAGGGGAAAGAGAAAGGAAACGGACAAAGAGGAGGGAGCAGAAAGCUGAAUGGGAGGCGGUGCAGCCCAAGCAAAGACCUCAUACCAACAGCCAGCAUCACGCUCAACAGGGAUGCAACGGACUUAACCUUGAGGAGCAGAGGAGGAAGAAGAGAAGGUGGAGCAACGACGACAUUUCCUCACAUCCUCAUGUGAUAGACUCUAGCCCUUCUCCUCCACUCUCUCCGCCUUCGCCUACUCCUGUCGUCAAGCCCACUCGUCCAUCAUCUUCCUCAUCAUCCUCAUCGUCUUCCUCUGAAUCAGACUCUGAGUCCAGUCCACCCCGGAACGUUACCAAAGUCCCUGCAGAUUCAACAUCAACCCAAACAACAGUUUCAAAGAGGAGGCAUGACAAACAGGGUUCAGGAACUGGUGCUCACCCCCACGGCUCGAGCCUAAGCACCCCUGAGACAGAUACACAAGUCCGGGGCAGACACAAACUCUACACACUGGUUCCUUUCGGACGAUCUGAGAAGUCCCCCACCGUCCCACAUCGAGGCCUGAAAAAACUUGUUGUGAGGAUAAACCUCUCGCUUCUGGGUAGAGUCCCUAGUGCAGAUGAGAUUACUAAGAGACAGUCCUCAUCCUUAUCUUUGUCAUUGGGAAAGGCAAAAGAAAAGACAUCAAUGAAGCAGCUGCACCACUCUGACCAACUGCCUGGAGAUGGCAGAAGCAAAAGAAAAGCUGAGAAUGGAGAAGCUCAAAGAGAAAAUAAGAGAAAUCACUCUCGUGCGGAUAGACUUCCAACGUCAGUCCAUAAUGAGACAGAGGAAACCUGUGCUGACAACAAACAAAACGGAUGCCAGGACGAUUACUUUUACUCCAAAAGGCCAGUGUCCCCAUUGUCUCCUCCAUCUGACAUAUUAGAGCUCUCAAAGCCCUCUGUGAAAGCUCAGCAUGCAGAGAAGUACCACACACCUCCAGAAAAAAAUGAUUCAACAGCACAGAAAACACAGGUCCAGAAGAUGCAGCCCAAGGUAGAGGUGGAGUGCGUAGGGGUGUCAGGACACCUACAACCUCUCUCUGGAUCUCGGGUUCCUCCCCUAAACCUUCCUCUUCACUACAGAGGAACGGUACCUAUCAGUGAUGUCUCUCAUCAUGCUGAGUACUACAUGCAUGAGGCCAAGAGGUUGAAACAUCGAGCGGACGCAAUGGUGGAUAAGUUAGGAAAAGCUGUGAAUUAUGUGGAUGCUGCUUUGUCCUUCAUGGAGUGUGGUAAAGCCAUGGAAGAGGGACCACUGGAGUCCAAGUCUCCCUACACCAUGUAUGCUGAAACCGUGGAGCUCAUAAGAUAUGCUAUGAGACUUAAGAGUCAUGCAGGCCCUGGAGCCAGCCAAGAAGACAAACAGCUGGCUGUACUGUGUUUCCGCUGUCUUGCUCUUCUUUAUUGGCAAAUGUUCAGACUUAAAAAGGACCACGCUCUGAAAUACUCCAAAGUCCUGCUUGACUAUUUCAAGACUUCUCCAAAAGGACCUCACAAACCCCUUUGGAACGACGCAGGAAAGGGAACAGUACCUCCUGCCUCUAUUUGUUCUGUCAAUAUAAUGGGAUCUCACACAGGCAGCUCAGCCAGCAGUGUCAUCAGCAUUCCCCAUCGUAUCCACCAGAUGGCAGCAAAUCACCUCAACAUCACCAACAGUGUCCUGUACAGUUAUGAGUACUGGGAGGUGGCUGACUCCCUGGCCAAGGAAAAUAAGGAAUUUUUCAACUAUCUGAACACACUGACUGGACCCUUGACUCUGCACAGCAGUAUGGCUCAUAUCGUCCAGUACACCAGGCAAGGGCUGCAGUGGAUCCGGAUCACUGCUAAUCUAUCAUAAUAUCAUGUAGAGACAUUCUCAAACUCCACAAAUCAGAUGUGGAAACAAUGUUAUAAAGCUAAAUUAGCAAACGAUUAAAAGUUUCUGCACUCUGUGACCAAGUUUUUUUUUUAAAUAUUUUUUAUAUAGGGGGGGGGGACUAUUAGGCCCAGACCAAAUAUUGUCUGCCUUAGGUUAAGGAUAAGUCAUGUGGCAUCAUGUUAUGUGACCUGGACCACAAAUCCAGUCAAUAGGGGCAAUUUCUUAAAAUUGAGAUGUAUACAUCAUCUGAAAUCUGAUUAAAUAAGUUUGAUGUAUGGCUUGUAAAGAUAGGACAAUAUUUGGCAGAGAUACAGCUUUUUGAAAAUCUGGAAUCUGAGGGUGCAAUUGAGAAAAUGGCCUUUAAUUAAACUUGUCCAUUGAUAUUUCUCUGAUUUUUCACACA